AUUAUUGUAGACCACAGAGGGCGCUCUUCUCAAUAACAUCCACGAAAAAUUUUGUUGGCAGUAUUUUGGGCAAAGUUUUUGAACUGUUGGAGUUGAACUUAAAUACAUUUUCCCACGAACCGAAAAGUAUGGCCUCGGAUGAGCAUAUUGCAAAGUUCCACAAGGACGGCUAUGUCGUCAUCAAGGAUUUUCUGACUGCUGAAGAGGUCAACGCCCUGAAGAAUAGUUGCCAUGACAUUGUGACGGACAUGGACCCCAAGGACCAUACUAUGACAGUCUUCAGCUGUCGAAACCAGACGAGGGAUGACUACUUCCUUACCAGCGGGGAUAAGAUCCGAUUCUUCUUUGAGCAGGGAGCAGUCAAUGACAAGGGAGAGUUGAGUGUUGACAAGCACAAGGCCAUCAAUAAAAUCGGCCACGCCCUGCACGAGCUUGUCCCCGAGUUCAAGAAGGUCACGCACAAACAGAACGUGCAGGAUGUGGCCAAGAAACUCGGUUACGUCAAGCCUGUCCUUGUUCAGAGCAUGUACAUCUUCAAGCCGCCCAAGUUGGGCGGAGAAGUGCCAUGCCACAUGGACGCUUCGUUCCUUUACACCGAGCCGCUCCGACUGACCGGCUUCUGGAUCGCCCUGGAGAAAUGCACGGUGGAAAACGCCUGUCUGCAGUUCAUCCCUGGCUCGCAGGACACCAAGGUAACCAGUCGAAUGAUCCGUAAUCCAGAGGGCGGGGAACCAUCCCUGGUCUUCACUGGUCCCCGAAACCUCGACAUGGAUCCCAAGCUCUUUGUCCCCGAAGAAGUCGAGCCAGGGACUUGUAUCCUGAUCCAUGGACAGGUCCUACACAAGAGCGAAGAGAAUCGUUCUGACAAAUCCCGUAACAUCUACACAUUCCACAUCGCUGAAUCGUUGGACGUCGAGUGGUCGAAAGGAAACUGGCUUCAGCCCACAGAAGAACUUCCCUUUCCCGAGCUUUACACCUCUUGAACUCACAGUGACCUUUGACCGUUCACCCCUGACCCCAAGCCAAGUCGUCCGACCCGUGGGUAUUGGAGUGAGUACUUGCAUGCACACAGACAGCGUUGAGUUUCGUUCCCGUUCCUGUUUCUCAUCUGCACAUCUUACAACAGUGUCACAACUUUUCAAAUUUAAAUCAAUCCCCCCCCCAAAAAAAAAAUUGGAUAUUUUUAUGAUGAUCAUAGUUCUUCUGAUAAGACGUAUUGUUGACGGACAACGUUUCUGACAGAAAAAAAAAUUUCUGACAGAAAAAUGGAAUAAAGUCUGCAGUUCUUUCAAUUUUUUUGGAAACAUUCUUUUGUCGAGUUUUGUCCCAAUACCAAUGUGAAAUAUGUCAAAGCUGUGACAAUGUUCUUUUUAAAUAGUUAAUCACUUGUUCAUUAAUUGAAUUCAUUGUUCGGCAUUUUUAAUAUCAUUACCUCAUUUAUUAACACAAAUCCUGAAAAAACAAUAUCAUGUAUUUCAUGUACAAAUUUUAUUCAUUGUUAAAAUUCAUUUUCUGUUUGCAUUUUUACAGAAUUUAUAAAGUUUAAUGUAUCUUUAUUUUUAAUUACUAAAAUGCACAUUUUGUUGAGAAAUUUUUGGUAUUCCCGAAUGUCUUCGAAUCUUAUUCUUUUCAGUAGUCUCGGCCCAAGCAACAGUGAUCAAUAGCAAUGGUACAUUAUUGUAGAGCGCCCUCGCACAAUUGUUUUCUUACUUGCUCGCACUAACGGCUUAGGAAAAUUUGUAGCAAUGGGGUGUGGCCAUUUAAUGUAAAUUUAGGCCGUUGGUGUAAUAUUCAUAUCUUCGAACAAAAUGUCGGCUUCCCAUUUUAUAGCAGUAGUUGCGCGCUAGUGCGGGGGGAAUCACUGCGUUGCAUAUCUAAUUAGCGAUGCUUGAUCAACGCACGUAUGUUUACAACCGUCGCGUGAGUGCGCUGACUAUUAACCAUUUCUCAAUCGCUGAUUGGUUCCCAAGAAAAGCCUAGGGAGAAAAUAAAGAAAAAGUUAACUGGCCACUGCACGUUAGUGCGACAGGCGCGCUGGUCUAAUCAUGCCGUUAGAUAUGCACAAUCCAUUAUCGAUCACUAACGUCUGGGGCUAAGACCAACUUUUCCAUUAUUGUAUUUCUCUUUUUAAUUUUUUUUUUAUUGCAGUUAAAUUCUUCACUUUGUCUUUAAUAUCAAACCAAAAAACAAAACGAAACAAACAACUAAACAUAAUACUAUUAGCAUUGUGUUUACCGUGUGCCUCACAGUAUUUUCAAGAGUACCUCAAAAAUAGAAAAUGUAUAAAGUCUCGCCAGUCCACGUUCACUUUUUCCGGAACGUCUUGGUACCAAACGCUGGCUAGUCUAGUCACAGACUCCCGUCUUUGGAAUGUACCCACUUGUUAUCCACCUGAUCGAUUGAACGGAAGUUGAGGUCAACAUUGUUAACUUUCUAAUAGUCUUCAAUUCGCGAUAUUUUCAAUAUGUUGUAAAGCCUUCUUCUUUUUCGAAGUACCCAUUGAUUGGAUGGCCCAGUCAGGACAGAAAAUAAAUUCAAAAAAUAGGGCAUUACACACGUGGUAGAUCAUAUACAUGGUCCCCGGAUUUGUUAUAUUCCCGUAAAAUCUAGCAAGCUUUGAGAUAACUUACAUGCACUAUUAUUGAUGUUAUAAUACUUUGAAACAACAGAACAAAAUAAACCGAAUUAACAAGAUUUUUCUAAAACUGUGUAA